GAAGAGGAAGUUGUCGGAUCAUUUGUGAAUGCAUUGGGACGGUGAACUGUAAAUCGCCAUAUCUCGGAAAGAUUACUUUUUUAAAACAGUGAUUACGUCUUGGAUCAGAAUGGAAGGACGGCACGAAAGUUCACCCAUGCAGGCUUUCGAUAAGGACGUUUUGGAAAUGACUGUUGAAGAUGUUUAUGACAUUUCUUACGUGAUCGGCAGAGAUUUAUUGAAAGUCAACACAGGUAGCCGGGAAUUCUCGGAUUUACAGUUCAAAAUCGUCCGUGUGCUGGAGAUGUUUGAGACCAUGGUGAAUAAGUAUAACCUGUCGCUGGAGCAGCUGAGGAUGGAGCUGGAUAAUAUGAAGCGAGAAAUGGAAAGAGUUGUAGCAGAAGGUUCAAGUGGUAAUGUUAACAAUCAGGCUGUUGGUCCAAACAAACUAGUUGUGGACUUAAAAGACCCAAACCGACCACGAUUCACCAUGCAGGAGUUAAAGGAGGUUCUGCAAGAGAGAAACAAACUUAAAGCCCAGCUGUUGGUGGCCCAAGAGGAACUACAACUCUACAAGAGUGGAGUCCUGGGCUCCGAACAGAAGAUGGUGGAAGUAAACCUGGAGACCCUUCCUCAGUCAGAACCUGCACCCUCCACCAAUAUAGAGGAACACAAAGAGAAGAGCACCAUUCAGAAACUGUUCUCAUUUCGGCAAAAAUAGUUACCAGGAUUUAGCACAAACUAAAACACAUUUGAGACAAGCAACCCUUCCAACAGGGUGAGGAGAGAUGGGAAGAAGUGAUCUUUUUAAUACUUCCAAUUUCUGUCUGGAAAUCCUUCGCCUUGCUCCUACUCAGUGUUUUUAAUUGUGUACAUUUUUAACUCCGUGAUUGUGACAGUUCUCACUUUGUUCAUCGAGUGUGAAUUCAAACAUGAAUGACAAGAUAUCAAAGUAUCAAAUGACCCUCUAAACACCUCGCUUAGCUAAUAUACAUUUGCAGACUAUUUGAAACACACUAGAUUUUCAUUAACAUUGUUCCACAGUAUCUUUUACUGUAAUAUGACAUUACUAGAAUCAAUUUUAUAUCAGUCAUUUUAUGAAUAGCACAAUGAAACAUUUAGGGACUAUUUUGGUGACAGUACUAAACCUAAUUAAAUAAGCUGAAACACACUGAUUUGGUGUUUAUAUGCCAUAUGAGGCUCUAAGGCCUUAUUUGUGAGCUUACUGAAUUAGAAAACAUCUUCAGACUGUAGCUGUUGCAGGUGUUGACAAGCUUUAGGACAGAAACUAUCCAUAUGAUUAUGCACUUUCUAGUCUUCAUUUUAAUAAACUAAGGAUCACUAGGAAUUGUAAGGUUAAAAUUGAGGUACUUCAACUAAAACACAAAAAGGCUGCUGUAUAAGGUAAUGUGUAGUGCACUAAAUCUCAUUAAGGUAUGUGAAGUGGUAAAUUGUGGGCCAUAUUAAUGUAAAAAUUCACUUUUAUUGGCUCGCAGUAUUUAUUGUAAUUAAGUAAUAAACUGGACAAAUUUUUUUGACAGCAGUGUCAAGUUUUUUCUGCAAUACUAAGGUGUUUAAAAAUGCUGUUCUCAGUACAUGGGCCCUGUUGUUUGUACAUAGAUUACUGGAGUUAACGUGUAGUUGCAUAACAACAUAAGAUUGAAUUAUUUAAACUAUAUUUGGCCCUCUUAAAUUAAUUUCCCUAGUUUUUAUUUUCCAAUCAAUCAAACUUCUGAUCAUGUGUGUCUGUUGCUGUUCUUUCCCUUAUUUGUGUGUAUUGGAUGUUUCCUAUGUCCUAUAUUUCCAGUAUCCUUUAUAAAUGUUUUUUUUUUAUUUUUUUUAUGUGUU